CAUUUAUUUGUUGUGACAUUGAUAUAGUUUUAUGUAUUGCGACUAUUUCUGAAAACUAUUUAAUAAAAAUAACUUUACAAUAAAUACUGGUAUCUUAAUAAUUAAUUAUAAACAAUGAGUUUUUCAUUUGGUCAAGCAGUAACAACUUCGGGUAGUACUUUUGGGACUACUACAUCUUCAGGGUCACUUUUUGGUGGUGGCGACAACAAAGCAUUCCAAGGAGGCACUGAUAAUAAAACAAAUGUCUUUGGUAGUCCUACAAGUACACCACCAUUUGGUGGUUUUGCCCUUGGAGCUAAAACUACAGCUUCAUCAAGUCUAUUUUCAACACCAGCUACAAAUGCGAGUUCUGCUUUCGGUGCCAACAAACCUCUAUCAUUCGGAGGUUUUACAUCACCGCCAGUGCAAACAGUGGGCAGUCCCGGCUUUGGACAACAAAAACCAGCAAAUGCAACAGACAAACCGCAGUCAGCAUUUGGAACAGCUACUCAACAGGCUCCAGCGUUCGGUACACCAGCAACUCAAGCAUCAAUGUUUGGUUCUCCGACGGGCACUGGUUUCGCCUUCGGUAAAACGGGAAGUAGUUUUAAUUUUAACACACCUGCUUCUGGUUUUUCUGCACCUCAGACAGCUGCGGUCACAACAACAACUGCCCAACAAACGGCACAGCCUUUCAACCAAAAUGCAACAACAGCGGGACAGCAAUCAUCACUAGGCUUUGGACAAUCUGCAUUCGGUUCAAAACCAUUCAGCUUCAAUGCUAAUACUGCUUCUACUACUGCGGGAGGAUCGAGUUUUGGGACAGCACCGUCGUUUUCAUUCGCACAAACUGGUCAAACUACUGGUCAAGCAACACAACAACAGCAGCAACAACCACCAAGCUUCGGAUCAACAUUCACCACUCAACAACCAACAUUUGGUAGCACAACAACGACUCAAUCGAGUUCGUAUUUUGGCAACACCCAACCUACACCAUCUUUUGGAGGUCAAACAACUGCAGCUCAGGGUUUCGGAGCACCACAGACAACACAACAAUCUUUGAAUUUCGGAAAUGUUCAAACGAGUCAACCACCAGCUUUUGGAGCAAAUCAAGCAACUCAACCAGCCUUUGGAGCGACUGCUACUACUCAAUCAGCUUUUGGAACGACACCAACUUCUCAAACAGCUUUUGGAACAGUCUCAACUCCUCAACCUGCUUUUGGAACAACACCAACCACCCAAACGGCCUUUGGCGCAACUGCAACGAGUCAACCGGCCUUUGGAACGACUCAAACGAGUCAACCGACUUUCGGAACGACCCCAACGAGUCAACCGGCCUUCGGGACUACUCAAACGAGUCAACCGGCCUUCGGAACAACCCCAACGAGUAAAACAGCCUUUGGGAUAACAUCAACGCCACAAUCAGGCUUCGGCACAACUCCCACCACCCAAUCUGCUUUUGGAACAUCACCAGCAACACAGUCUGCUUUUGGAACAACGCCAACAACUCAAUCAGCCUUCGGUUCAACUCCGGCAACUCAAGCGAGCUUUGGGGCACCUCAAACUAGCCAAGCACUAAGCUUUGCGAAAACUCCAACGAGUCAGCCGCCAAACUUCGCGAUACCAACACUUCCAAACACUUCAGCUGCAAAAACGAUUCAACCAACAUUUGGUCAAACAAGCCAACCAUCAACAUUUGGUACGACGGCUCAAACAACACAAACGGCUACACUGAGCUUUGGAACAACCAGCCAAACUACUCAACCAACAAGCUUGGCGACUAGCACUCAGUCCGGGUUUGGCUUUGGGGCUAAGACUGCGAGUACUACAUCCAGCGGUCUCUCUUUCGGCACAACUUCAACUUUGUCAUUUGGCAAACCGACUUCGACUGCUGCAACAUCAGGGACAACAUCAACUACAACGCCAUCUGGUAUAACGGCGUUAGGGAAAUCAACUGCAGCAACUAUGCCGUCAUUGACAACGGCUACUACCACAACAGCCGCAGGACCGCCAGCGAUGAUAUCAUCGAUAACAUUCUCACAGCUAGAGGAGAGCAUCAACAAGUGGACGUUAGAACUUGAAGAACAGGAGAGCAGUUUCAUUAACCAAGCCACACAGAUCAACGCUUGGGACAGACUACUGGUCGCCAAUGGCGAGAAGAUUCUAGAACUUAAUGACGCAGUGGAGACGGUCAAAAAUGAACAACAAAGCUUAGAACACGAACUGGAUUUCGUACUCGCUCAGCAGAAGGAGCUGGAAGAUCUUCUGGCCCCACUCGAGAAACAACUUCUAGAAGACAAGAGCGAUAGGAUGAGAGAUCCAGAGAGAGAACACAUGUACACGCUAGCCGAAACGUUGGACACGCAACUACGUCAGAUGUCAGAAGAUCUCAAGGAGGUCAUUGAACAUCUGAACGAAACGAACAGGAGUCAAGAUAACAAUGAUCCCAUCGUUCAAAUCGGCCGUAUUCUCAAUGCUCAUAUGUCAUCAAUGCAAUGGAUAGACAGCUCCAUAGCUCAGAUAUCAACUAAGCUGGACCAAUUGAAGACCACGCACGACACGCUGAGGCGAGACAACGAGAGAUCCUUUCAACUAACAUAUAAUUGAUAUUGAACUAUGUUUUUGUAAAAUUAUUUAAAUAAGUAUUACUUUUUCUGUCGAGAUAUAAGUUCCGGGUUAUUAAAUAUUUUAAAAAUCAGCAUUUUGUAACAAGAUAAUGUUGUACCAAUAAAUGGUCAAAACUGUUAGUGAAACAUCAAAAAUAUUUGUGUUCGUUCGCACGUUCAAUUUUGGGAAAUCUGUUGUAAUUUUUAUUGUUUGUAUUUUGUUUUAAUCUUUAGAAUUACAUUUAUUAUUUAUACCAUUAAUCAAAUACUAAAUAAUAAAAAAGUUUCUUUGUUAUGUAAAGCAA